ACGUAGAUCGGCUCUGAGAGGUGGAGGAGGAGGAGCUCCCCUAUACGCUGGGCAUAUGCUCCGCAACACUAACGCCUCAGAAGCAGCUGGUGCAUGAGAGAGAGAGGCAAAUCUGAGCCCGCACUGCUCGCUGGGAUGUGAUUGGUCGGCCUGCCCAGUGCUACGGGCUGUGAGCAGUUGCCGAGGCUGCGGGUGAGGAGACGUGACAUCCCGGGAGAGAACGCGCCGGCCUUGGAGUGGCGCAUUGAUCCCGCCUGUGAUGGACAAGUUGUCUCCGAGCUUCUCAUCGUGUGACUGAUGCCCCCGCACCCACCAGCCGCCGCUAGUUGCCCCCUCGCCCAUGUCACUGGCCCCAGGCUGCCUGAAUGGCGGGGUCAUGAAGUGUUUGACUUUCUUUCUUCUGCUUCCAGAGACCUUAAAGAAGUCUAGAAAGAGUGUGAGGGCUCAGGGCAAGGCGCCGGCAUGUGGUGAGAUUGUGCCUUUGGCCCUGAGGAAGAAGAUGGCUGCGGAGCUCUAUCCUGUCAGCGCAAACACCAAUAUCGCCAACACUAACGCCAACGCCAAGAAGAACGCGCUGCAACUGCAGCAAACUGUCCCCCCGCCGCCUCCAGCGCAACUUCAUAACCUGAACAAUAACAACAUUGAGAGCAGCAACUGGCAGUCCUUCCACCCGACCCUGCGCGAGAGGAAUGCUCUGAUGUUCAACAACGAGCUUAUGGCGGAUGUUCAUUUCGUUGUGGGCCCAGCAGGGGCCUCAAAAAAAGUUCCUGCCCACAAGUAUAUUUUGGCCGUGGGUAGCUCCGUGUUCUACGCAAUGUUUUAUGGAGACCUUGCUGAAGUGAAAUCCGAAAUCCAUAUUCCAGAUGUGGAACCUGCAGCUUUUCUAAUCCUUUUAAAGUACUUGUACAGCGAUGAAAUUGACCUGGAAGCCGACACUGUGCUUGCAACACUGUAUGCUGCCAAAAAGUACAUUGUACCGGCCUUGGCUAAAGCCUGUGUUAAUUUCCUGGAGACUAGUUUGGAGGCAAAGAACGCCUGUGUUCUGCUUUCUCAGAGCCGUCUUUUUGAAGAGCCAGAUCUGACUUUGCGUUGCUGGGAGGUCAUAGACGCUCAAGCGGAACUUGCAAUUAAGUCCGAGGGUUUCUGUGAAAUAGAUCUGCCGACCCUGGAGAUUAUUGUUACACGAGAGACAUUAAACACUAAAGAAGAAGUUGUGUUUGAGGCGGUUCUGAACUGGGCUGAGGCAGAGUGCAAAAGACAAGGUUUGCCAAUUACACCAGUCAACAAAAGGAUUGUAUUGGGAAAGGCCUUAUACUUGGUACGGAUUCCCACUAUGACUUUAGAGGAAUUUGCCGAUGGAGCUGCCCAGUCCGAUAUUUUAACUCUAGAGGAAACCAGAAGUAUAUUCCUCUGGUACACGGCCGCUAAUAAACCUCAGCUGGAGUUCCCUCUAAUAAAAAGGAAAGGACUUGCACCUCAGCGUUGCCACAGAUUCCAGUCGUCGGCAUAUCGCAGUAAUCAGUGGAGGUACCGGGGACGCUGCGACAGCAUCCAAUUUGCCGUUGACAAAAGGAUAUUUAUUGCAGGACUGGGGCUUUAUGGUUCAAGCUGUGGUAAAGCCGAGUACAGCGUCAAGAUAGAGCUGAAGAGACAGGGCCUAGUUCUGGCCCAAAACCUGACUAAAUUUGUUUCCGACGGCUCUAGCAACACAUUCUCCGUAUGGUUUGAACACCCCGUGCAGGUAGAGCAGGAUACUUUUUACACUGUAAGCGCCAUUCUCGACGGUAAUGAACUCAGUUACUUCGGCCAGGAGGGAAUGACAGAAGUACAGUGUGGAAAGGUGACAUUUCAAUUCCAAUGCUCUUCAGACAGCACCAACGGGACUGGGGUACAAGGUGGACAAAUUCCAGAGCUCAUCUUUUAUGCAUGAUACGUUUCAUGCGUACAACACUAUUGCAAAGCACACUGACUCUCCCACCCCACCCUUUACUCUCCAUAUAGGGGUCUGCAACACGGUGGUUUAACCCGCUUUCUACUGGUUGUGCCUGCAAAUAGGGAUGCACCGAAUCCAGGAUUCGGUUUGGGACAAGGCUUUUUUUCUAGCAGGAUUCAGUUUGACCGAAUCCUUCUGCCCGGCCGAACCUAAUCCAAAUUUGCAUAUGCAAAUUAGGGACUGGGAGGGAAGCUGCGUGACUUUUGUCACAAAACUAGGAAGUACAAAAUGGUUUCCUCUUCCCACCCCUAAUUUGCAUAUGUAAAUCCAAAUUUGCAUAUGCAAAUUAGUUAGGGAUGCACAGAAUCCACUAUUUUGGAUUCGACCAAUUUGAAGGAUUCGAUCCUUCGUGAAAGAUAAUACUGAACCAAAUCCGAAUCCUAAUUUGGAUUCGGUUAGGCCGGGCAGAAGGAUUUGGCCGAAUCCGGCUGAAAAAGGCCGAAUGGGAUGGGAAGGGGGAAACCUUUUUUUUUUUUUUUUUUUUUACAUUUUUUGUGACAAGGAGUCACACGGUUUCUCUCCCCACCCCCAAAUUUGCAUAUGCAAAUUAGGAUUCGGUUCAGGCGGAAACUGAAUCCGGCUGAAUCCCGAACCGAAUCUUGGAUUCAGUGUAUCUCUAAAAUUAGGAUUUGGUAUUCGACCGAAUCUUUCGCAAAGGAUUCGGCCGAAUCCCAAAUAGUGGAUUCAGUGCAUCUCUACCUGCAAUGCACUGAAAAGGGUGAAGGGAGAGUCUUCAUUUAUGCUGCUUGUCAGUACGGAAUGUAGCAACAUGGUCAGCAAAACGCCCAACUGAAGGAAUGCUUGUAGAGUUGAAUCUAAUUUUAUUUAUUUAUAAGCGAUUUGAAUUUAAUUAUUAAAACUGCAUCAUGCAGGGAGAGGUUUAAAAAAUCUGCGCAUAAUGUGCAUUUAUUUUGUAUAUAGAUAACUUGCUUAAAAUGUUAAAAUGCAGCUUGCUCAGGGUAGAGCAGCUUAUAAAUAUGUUGAGACAUAAAAUGUUUUUACUUAUACCCCCUA